AUGAAAAGAAACAGAUUUUUUUUGGUUCAAUCAACAACCAAAUUUACAGAUGAUCAAAUUAAAAGAAUUGCAGGUGAAAUGAGUGAUAUUAGUUAUUAUUUGGUAGAAGGAAUUAAAGUUUGCACCCUUGACGAAAAUAUAUAUAAAUAUAUCCUAAAUUCAGAUUCAAAAGAGAAAUAUAUUCAAGAUAAUAAUAAAUCUCCAAUUAUAUGUAUACCUCGUAAACCUCAUGCAAAUGGUCUUUUAAGUUAUAUGGUUGGAACCUUUUUAGAACAGUUUUUAAACAAGCUAGAUAAUGAAAUAAAUCCCUCAAGUAGUGUUGAUCACGUAUUAGGAACGUAUAAAGAUUUUAAAUUUCACUUAGUUGGCGAUAGUGCAUUUUUUUCCAAAGAUAAUUUAAAUCAUAUAGUAAAUAAAGGUUGGUUGGCAACAAUUUCAGAUUCCUCAAGUAGCAACAUUAACACAUUGCUCAAAGAUACAUUAAAAGAUGAUAAAAGUUGGAUUGCAAUAGAACUUGAUGGUUAUUAUAAAGUCUGUAAAAUUGAUGAAAGAGACGAAAAAGUUCCUACAUUUAAAUCAAUUGCAACAACUGGUUUUAAAACUCAAAAUCGUGAAGUUAAUCCAAGUAAAGGUUAUAAUAUUAAUGAUGCAGUGGACCUUUAUAAAUUAAAUGAUUCAACUUUAAAGAAAUUAUGUUUAGGUUUGGGAGUUUCAAGAUCAAGUAGUAAUAGGAGAAUGGUUAUAUCAAUUUGUGGUAUAGAUCCAUUAUCUCAUUCAACCAACCCCAAUUCGUACUCAUUAUUAUCAGAAGCAAUUCAAAAAGAUACUUUAAAAUCAUUUUCAUUGGUUAAACUCAAAAACUUGCAUCAAGAUUUUAAUUUACCAGCUCCUGCCCAGUUAACAUGUGAAGGUUACAUUUUAGACUUUAUGAAAAUGAAAACUUUGAAUUAG